ACCGCUUUUCGAACUGGCGCACAACUAGGGCGCGAGGCUGCCUCACUCAAACGCCUGAUGGAAACGAGACUCUCCGCCGUGGCCGGCGUAGGAAACGGCUCCCUGUCGCAACGUGCUACCGGCCGCAGUUACUGACGUCAGGCAAAUGCGCCGCGGAGCGGAAGGGCCCCUCCGGAGGACGGACGCACACGCACGCACAGCACCGGUCCCUCCCGGCGCGAUGUUUGUUCCCUGCGGCAGUUCCGCUCCGCCGGACUUUGAAGGCUUCACGCUCCUGCUGCCCGCUGUAUCAGUUGGGAAUGUUGGCCAGCUGGCGGUAGAUCUAGUUAUUUUUACCCUUGACAUGCCUAAAGUUGGUUACUUCUAUACUGAUUGCCUGGUGCCAAUGGUUGGGAAUAAUCCAUAUGCAGCAGCAGCAGCAGAAAACUCAACGGAGUUGAGUAUAAAUGCUGAAGUGUAUUCUUUACCUUCUAAGAAGCUUGUAGUUCUCCAGAUCAGAUCACCGUUUGUAAAGAACAAAUAUAGGUCAUUUUGUCAAACACUGCUUUCUUGGGUGAAAAGCAGUAGAUGUGCCAAAGUCAUUCUUCUAUCAAGCAGCCAUGCAUAUCAAUGUGAUGAUCAGCAGCUUCAUGGUACGCCACUACGAUACUUACUUUCACCUGCUAUUCAGAAAACAGCUGGAGAGCUAAUGCAGAGGCUAAACUGGAAAGAGAUGGAAAAAGUCGCUGCUUACCCAGGAGUAAAUGAUACAGACAUGGUACUACGUAUUCCUGGAGGUGGCAUCACAACAUUAUUAUUCAGUGAGAGUUGUUCAAAUGGAAUUCAAAUGGCAGUUCUGUUGAAAUUCUGCUCAGAAGGGGACAACAUCCCUGAUGCAUUGGCUCUCGUUAACUACCUUAAUGAAUGGAUCCAGCUAGUUAAAAGUGAAAAGAGCGAUGCCCCAGCUACUCCUUCACAAUGGAAAAUACCACAUUCUUGGAGAUUACUCUUUGGAAGUGGCCUUCCCCUUGCACUCUUCUGAUUAGUCUGGUGUUGAAUAAAAUCUGUAACCUCCCUCUAAAGACUAACGGACAAUGUUGGUGCUUGGCAUUCACUAACAUUUAACUUGAAUAUCCUAUUUAUGCAAACAUUUCCUUUGAUACAACAUAAAUAUCACAAUUAAUGUAGGUCUCACUCUGACCAAAGAAGUGUAUGGUGUGUACAGAAGUUUCGUUGGUAUCUUGUGACUUUUUUCCUAAUAAAAUAUUGUUUAAAAAAAUUAUUUUCCUUUAGAGGGUUAACUACACCAUUUAGUAUCUUGCUCACCCACCAUUGCCAUGAAGGUAACAAACUGAUUCCUAGGAAUGUGCGAGUCUAGCCUGAAGCCAGAGAGACCCUUUACCCCAUCAGCCUACUCCCUCCCUCCCCCCCCGCAUCUUCCUGGCAGUCUGAGCAAGCUGCCAGUGCAGUGGUCCCCAACAGCCAACAAUUUUUAAGGGUUAUUUUGUAUUUGUACAUUAAAUACAAAAAACAUUACAUAAUAUGACUCAAGAAGAUAAAGGGUAAUUUUAUAUGUAAAAAGUAUUAAUUAAAUUAUUCAGCAAUUACUCUUUCACCUUACCAUGUGAAUUUG